AUGCCCCAUCAAUCGCGUCGUAAGUCAAGCACAUCUAUUCAUAGUGUUCGACGCUUAAGCGGUCAACAUGUUCCUCCAGAGGCAUCACAUCUUUCUCUUUUAAAAGAAGAAACACACACAGGUGACCACUUUCUUUCCCCGAAACAAUUAGAAAUCGUUUACCGGACGAAUAUCAACACGGGGCUCACCGAAAGCUUUGCUAAAGAAUUGUUGGACACUCAUGGUCCGAACGAAUUAAAAGAGCUGAAAGGCAAUAGCUAUUGGAAGAUUUUCCGCCAUAACUUAUUUGGUUGGUUUCAAUGUGUACUGUGGUGUGGGGCGGCACUAAAUUUUAUCGCAUACUUCUUUUCUGAAAAAAUUGAUUCUGGCCAUGGAGGUGGCCAUUCUUCAAAGGACUAUUUAUACUUAGGUUGCAUAAUAACAGCAACAAUUAUAGGCACCGGUCUUUUUGGAUUUUAUCAAGAAGCGAAAAACAUGGCUGUCAUGAGUGGUUUUGAAAAAUUAGUUCCACCAAACGCAACUGUUAUUCGAGAUGGAGUAAAAAGGGUUAUUCCUAACAGCCAAGUGGUUAUAGGUGAUAUUGUGGAAAUGUCUGGAGGAGAAGUUGUACCAGCGGACGUGAGAAUCUUAUCAUGUAGCAAUUUCAAAACAGAUAUGUCAUCGUUGACAGGCGAGUCGGAGCCCAUAGUUCACAGACCAGAGUACACGAACGCAAAUCCUUUAGAAUCAAAAAAUAUGGUAUUUUUCGGAUGCCCUAUCACUGAAGGAUCAGCAAAAGGUAUUGUGGUUGCAACUGGUGAGUUAACACAAAUAGGUAAAAUAGCAGGACUUGUCACUGGCUUAGAAAAAGAAGAAACUCCAAUUGCUAAAGAAAUAACCCACUUUAUAAAAUUAAUUUGUGGAGUCGCCUUUACCUUUGGCUUAAUAUUCUUCAUAAUGGUAUAUUCCAUUCAAAAAAGUUGGCUGUCAGCUUUACAAUAUAUGCUUGGAAUUAUAUUAGCGAAUGUUCCAGAGGGCCUUCUUGUCACGUUAACUGUAUGUAUGACCCUUUCUGCAAAACAACUAAAGAGAAAAAACUGUCUAGCAAAAACGCUCCAAGCUGUAGAAACUUUAGGAUCUACUUCAUGUAUAUGUUCGGAUAAAACUGGGACUCUAACUGAAAACCAAAUGAAUGUUUCUCAUUUGUUUUGUAACUUUACAAUCUAUGACAAACAUGAUCAUGAAGAUGUUUCUCAUCGCACUUACGCUGCCCUUAGUCUAGCUGCGUCACUCAAUUUAAGAGCAACUUUUGCACACGAUACUCUUCAUUUGCCGGUUGAAAAACGUCGAAUUAUGGGAGAUGCUUCAGAAUGUGCAAUUUUAAGAUAUAUGGAAAUCAAUAGAUCCGCAACAAAAACUCGCCAGGAUAAUCCUAAAGAGGCUGAAAUACCAUUUAGUUCGGCAUACAAAUAUCAGAUUACAAUACAUAGAUUGCAUACUACUCAAAGUUAUUACUUAAUAAUGAAAGGUGCACCGGAGAUAAUAUUGGAAUAUUGUACAGAAAUUAUGACUGACGACGGCGAUCAACCUAUGACUGCGGUGAAUAAAAGAGAGUUAAAAGCUAGUUUUAUUAAGUUAGCUAAUAUGGGAGAAAGAGUGAUCGGUUACUGUGACUAUCAAUUACCAUUAAGCCACUUUCCAUUGGGAUUUGUAUUCGAUACUCAAGAUCCAAACUUUCCCAUAGAAAAUUUAAGGUUCUUAGGAGCAAUAUCAAUGAUAGAUCCGCCUAGACAAGAUAUAGAGAAAUCUAUAGCUCUUUGUCGUCAAGCAGGUAUUCGAGUAAUAAUGGUCACGGGUGAUCAUCCGGUGACAGCUUUGGCUAUAUCAAGACAGUGUGGCACUAUUACUCAACCUACAGCAUAUGAUUACGCCUUCGAACAUCAUAUAGAACUUACUGAUGUCCCACAUCACAUUAAACAACAAUUUCGCGCUGUAGUCAUUACGGGUGAUGAGCUUCGAAAAAUGAGCCAGAAUGAUUUAAAGGCAGCUCAAAAAAAAUAUGAUGAAAUUACAUUUGCUAGAACUAGUCCUCAACAGAAGCUAUUUAUUGUAGAAACCUUUCAAUCACUCGGCUAUGUUGUUGCAGUUACUGGCGAUGGAGUAAAUGACUCCCCAGCCCUUAAAAAGGCGGACAUAGGAAUCGCUAUGGGUAUAAAUGGAACAGAAGUUUCAAAACAGGCUGCUGAUAUGAUUUUACUAGAUGAUAAUUUUGCUUCUAUAGUUCUAGGUAUUCAAGAAGGUCGAAGAAUAUUUGAUAAUUUAAAGAAAACGAUUGCUUAUACUCUAACUUCCAACACACCUGAAAUGAUGCCCUUUGUAUUAUAUGCUUGUUUAGGACUACCAUUGCCAAUGCCACUAAUUUUAAUAUUAGUUAUAAACGUAGGGACGGAUCUAUUUCCUGCAAUGAGUUUGGCAUACGAGACCUCAGAACUAGAUAUUAUGUCCAUCCCUCCCCGUAAACCCACAGAUCAUCUAGUUAAUAGAGUAUUGAUAUAUAUGGCAUAUUUUCAAGUUGGACUCAUUCAAUUUUUCGCAGGGAUGUACGCAUACUUUGUAGUUUUUGCCCAGAGUGGAUUUUUUCCUUCUAGCUUGCUUUUUGUUCGCAAAGAUUGGGAAACUCCUGCAGCAUCAGUAAGGGAUACCUUAGGACGCUCCUGGUUUUUUGCAGAUCGAAAAAGGGUUGAAAGAAAGGCUCAAACUGCAUAUUUUGUUGCUAUAUGUUGGACUCAAGUUUCCGAUGUUAUAAUUUGCAAAACUCGUAGAAUUUCGCUGUUGCAAAAGGGAAUGAAAAAUCACUGUCUGAAUGUAAGCAUUGUAAUAGAUGCAUUUGCAGCGCUUCUCGUGACGUACUUACCUCUUUGUAAUGAAGUUUUCGGCACGGAGCCUAUUCCCUGGCAUGACUUUUUUCUGGCGUUGCCAUUUUUUAUCCUGAUGAUAGCAGGUGAUGAGUUACGUAGAUAUAUAAUAAGAAACGGUUUGUCUAAAUGGGUGGAACAAGAAACUUAUUAUUAG